AUGUCAUUCGUUAAGGAUUUCGAGCCUGUUGCCUUGGGUGAUACCACUCUAUUCAAGCCAAUCAAGAUUGGAAACAACGAAUUGAAGCACCGCGUUGUCAUGCCACCUUUAACCAGAAUGAGAGCUUACCACCCCGGUAAUGUGCCGAACGACUGGGCCAUCGAGUACUACGACCAGCGCUCGAAGAGGCCAGGUACUUUGAUCAUAACCGAGGCUACUUACCCAUCUGCUCGCAGUGGAGGCUAUGACAAUGUUCCAGGUAUCUGGUCCGAGGAACAGAUUGAGAAGUGGAAGAAAAUUAUCGCCAAGAUUCACGACAACAAAUCGUUCGUGUGGGUGCAAUUAUGGUCUUUGGGUAGAAAAGCACUUCCGGGAGCUUUGGUCAGAGACGGUCUUCCUUUCGUGUCUGCUUCAGACGAACUUUACAUGGAUGAAGCUAGAUGUGAGGAGGCAGUUAAGAGCAACAACCGACAACGUGGUUUGACCAAGGACGAGAUCAAGCAAUAUAUUAACGAUUACGUUAAUGCUGCCAAGAACUCCAUUGAGGCUGGUGCCGAUGGUGUGGAAAUACAGUGCGCCGGCGGUAACCUACUAAAUCAAUUUUUGGACCCUAUCUCCAAUAAGAGAACAGACGAAUACGGUGGAUCGAUUGAAAACAGAGCUCGAUUCACAUUGGAAGUGGUUGAUGCAGUCACGGAGGCCAUCGGUUGCAAUAAGCUCGGUAUCAGAUUUAUGCCAUAUGGUACUUUCAGUGCUAUGUCCGGUGGUCAAGAACCAUUGAUCAUCGCUCACUAUGCCUACGUAUUGGGCGAAUUGGAGAAGAGGGCUAGAGCUGGUAAGCGCCUAGCCUUUGUGCAUCUCGUCGAACCUCGUGUGACGAAUCCAUUUGAUACCGAAGGCCAAGGAGAAUACAAUGAAGGUACUAAUGACUUCGCUUACUCAAUCUGGAAAGGUUCUAUUAUUAGGGCGGGUGGUCUAGCUUCGCAUCCGGAAGAAGUGAGGAAAAUGGUAGCUGAUGGGAGAACAUUGAUCGGAUACGGUAGGUUUUUUAUCGCAAACCCUGAUAUGGUUGACCGUAUCGAAAAAGGCCUGCCAUUAAACAAGUACAUCAGAGAGACUUUUUACGCAAAGACCAAGGAAGGUUACACAGACUAUCCAACUUAUGACGAGGCACUUAAACUGGGUUACAAAUAA